AAAAAUUUAGUUCUUAUAAGAAACCAUGAAUAUUAUCUAAAAAUCUGUCUAUAUUUUUAAUGCAACAUCUGAUUAUUUAUUUCAAUUCACUAUAGAUGGAAACUUCAGUGGACACUGCACCUGAAACAGUGUUACCAGAUCGGUCAACUGAAUUAGCCACAGAAACAUCUUUAAAUUCAUUUAUUGAACCUAAAAUAGAACCAGACCUUCAAGAGCCUAGAAAGCAAGAAACAGAAACAACUUUGCUUGUCAAAACACCUGAACCAAAAACUAAAACAGUUCUCCAAACAGAAUCAGUGAUAGAAUCUCAAAUAGAAAUAGAGUCGCCAGAGGAGCAAACAGAGAACGCAACAUGUCAGCAAACACCACAGAACUGCUAUAAAAGGCGAUGGAAUUAUGCUGAAAGAAGAAGAAAAAUACAAAAAAAGGAAACUGAUACUUUAUUAGCUUACAUUAAAGAGCAAAACGAGACUUUAAAAGAAAUAUCAAGUCAUUUAAUAAAAAGGAAUAUUCUGCUAGAAAAUCAAAAUGAAAAGUUAAUUAAUAUUAUGGAAAAUCAAAAUUUAUUAAUUACUAAAUUACUUGAGAAAAUAUAAAAGGAGAAUUUUCUAUGUUUGCUCCAUUUCUUUAAUCUGAAGUUUUAAAACAUGAAAAUAAAAUAAUGACCAUACAAUUUAAAUUAGUCUAAUUAUAUUAAAGCAUUAAAUUAUUUUAAUUUUAAAUCAAAUACCAAGAUUACAUUAUUAAUUUUCUUAUUUGCUCUUGUAGUUUUAUUAGAUAAAAUUACAACUUAUAAAUCUUUAAUAGCAAUUAUUAAUAAAUGUUUUUGGCCUGCAUUAAAGUCUAUUGUAAUAAUCUGAUAGUUGUAUGACUAGGAACAAUAUUAAAUUCAAUGUAAUUACUGUUUUCACUAGUGAAUGGGUUCUAUAAAAUAAGUAACUCUUGACUUCCUGAUUGUGAAAUUAUGUACAGCGAAGUAAGCAAAAAUGUACGUUUAUACAACAGGAUCAUUUGUGGACAUGACUCUGAGUAGCUUAAUCGUGUCUAGAAACAAAUGGUUAAUGUAAUAGAAAAUAUCAUAGUUAAUUCAUAUAUCUGUAAUAUUAUUAUAAAAUAUUCACUGUUAUCUGAGGAAACAUUUUAAUAGCUUUUUAUUAAACUUCUAUUAGCAUUUGAAAUACUAUACAGUGAAACAUUGAGAUACGAGCACCUCUAUAUACGAGAUACAAGGAAAGUAAGAGUGAAAAAUUUGUCUCUAAAUACGAACAUUGACUCGAGUAACGAGCAAUGAGCCAGGCUGUUGGUGUACGUGGUGCCGUUUCCCGAUCUGGCUCGACUUGGAGAAUCAACUCAUCUGAUCACUCAGUAUUCUUUGAUCUACAUGUUUGUGCACUUAUGAGUCAAUUGUUUAUUACAUUUAACAUGAAAAUGAUUAUUUCACGAUGCCUCCCAAGAAGAUUGUUGCCUCAGGAAAGGAAAUAAGGAAACCAUGGCCAUUGAAAUUAAAAAAGAAAUCAUAGAUAAACAUAAGAGUGGUGGAAUUGCCGAAGACUUACGGCCUUUCGACAUCGAUGAUCUGCAUUAUUCUGUAGAAGCAGGAAGAAAUUAAGA